UGCCGUCUUCCAUCAACCAAAACACGUGUUUACUCGUCAAUGGCGUCGUCGUCGUCGUGUCACAGCUACUUUAGUGUCACUCCAUUCUCAUCUCCGAGACGAACUUCUCUUCUCGUGAAUCGACGAUCCUUCUCCAUCACCGCGACUAUGGCUUCUUCACCUACUAAGAAGGUUUUGAUUCCCGUUGCGCACGGUACGGAGCCGUUCGAAGCGGUGGUGAUGAUCGAUGUGCUGCGGCGAGGCGGCGCGGAUGUAACGGUGGCCUCCGUGGAGAAUCAGGUUGGCGUCGAUGCGUGCCAUGGGAUCAAGAUGGUGGCGGAUACUCUUCUCUCUGAUGUCACCGACUCCGUUUUCGAUCUUAUCAUGCUCCCUGGAGGACUACCUGGGGGAGAGACUCUUAAGAACUGUAAACCUUUGGAGAGUAUGGUCAAGAAGCAAGACGCAGAUGGACGGCUUAACGCUGCUAUCUGUUGUGCUCCGGCGUUGGCGCUUGGUACUUGGGGUCUGCUAGAGGGUAAAAAGGCAACAUGUUACCCAGUUUUUAUGGAGAAGCUUGGAGCAACAUGUGCAACGGCUGUUGAGUCGAGAGUGGAAAUUGAUGGGAGGAUAGUGACUAGUAGAGGGCCUGGAACCACUAUGGAAUUCUCUGUCACCCUUGUGGAGCAACUUUUUGGGAAAGAGAAAGCUGCUGAAGUCUCUGCACCCUUGGUGAUGCGUCCCAACCCUGGUGAUGAGUACACUAUUACUGAGCUUAACCAAAUAAAGUGGUCGUAUGAGAAUACCCCACAGAUUCUUGUGCCCAUUGCAGAUGGCUCUGAGGAAAUGGAAGCUGUUGCGAUCAUUGAUGUUCUGAGACGGGCAAAAGCAAAUGUUGUCGUUGCUGCGCUUGGUAACAGUUUGGAAGUGGUAGCAUCUCGUAAAGUCAAGCUAGUGGCAGAUGUGCUUCUCGAUGAGGCUGAAAAGAAUUCAUACGAUCUGAUUGUAUUGCCUGGUGGUCUCGGUGGUGCUGAAGCAUUUGCAACUUCAGAUAAGCUAGUGAAUAUGUUAAAGAAGCAGGCGGAAUCAAACAAACCAUAUGGAGCUAUUUGUGCAUCUCCUGCUCUGGUCUUAGAGCCACACGGUUUACUCAAGGGUAAGAAGGCGACAGCUUAUCCAGCAAUGUGCAACAAAUUGUCGGACCAGAGUCACAUCGAGCAUAGAGUAUUGGUGGACGGUAAUCUCAUAACGAGCAGGGGCCCUGGAACAUCGUUGGAGUUUGCACUCGCAAUCGUAGAGAAGUUUUAUGGUCGCGAGAAAGGACUUCAGCUCGCAAAGGCAACUCUUGUGUAAACUCAGUGAAGUAAGUAUCUGAGAUAAGAGUGUCUUUGAUAAGAAAAAAUGUUUUAGUAUGAAGCUAUCGAUGUGUGGACCUUUAUUGUAAUGUGCUUUGCGCUGAGUGUGAUGCUUAAUCAUGUCUUAUAAAUAAAAAGAGGAGGGUACUCAGUUUUUAUCAGAAGUUUCUUUUGCUUCAGUGUUCUGUCAGUUGUCACUCUAGUUUGUGUAAGAGACUGAGAAUUAGUUUAA